AUGGAAAGGGAGCAGGCGAACGACACCAGCUCUGCAGGUUUCGUCCUCCUGGGUCUCUCCGACUCACCAGAGUUCCAGGGGCUCCUCUUCCCCAUCUUCCUCUCCAUAUACCUACUUACCCUGCUGGGGAAUCUCUUGAUCAUCUUGCUGAUUUUCUCCAACAGCAGCCUCUUCCAUGCCCCCAUGUACUUCUUCCUCAACCACCUGUCAUUGGCUGACCUGGGAUUUACUUCUACCACGGUGCCCAAAAUGCUGCAGAUCGUCGUUCCGAAAUCUCUUCAGGCAAACACCAUAUCCUACAAUGGAUGUCUGACCCAGAUGUAUUUCUUGGCAGUCUUUGUAGCCACAGAUAACUUUCUGUUGGCCUCCAUGGCAUAUGAUCGCUAUGUAGCCAUCUGCCGCCCACUACAUUACACUACAAUAAUGAGCCAUAAGCGCUGCCUAGUGUUGGACACUGGGUCUUGGCUCCUGGCUCAAGUCCACUCCCUGUUGUACGUUCCUUUAAUAUCUGGUUUUUCCUUUUGUGCUUCCCGAGAAAUCCCCCAUUUUUUUUUUUGCGAUUUCCACCCUUUACUCCAGCUCUCCUGCUCAGACACCUCAUCUGUUGAAAUGCUGUUUGUUACUGAAGGUACUCCAGCUCUUCUUGGACCACUCAUGCUCAUUCUUCUGUCCUACGCACGCCUAGUGUUCAAGGUUUUGAAGAUCCCAUCAGCUUCUGGGAAGUACAAGGUCAUUUCUACUUGCAGUGCCCACCUCACCAUGGUGGCCUUGUUCUAUGGCACUCUGAUAGGCACCUACAUUCGCCCGUCCUCCACUUACUCUGGCUCUAGGUUAAGAGUGGCAUCUAUAUUCUACACCGUUGUCACCCCUAUGCUCAACCCUUUCAUCUAUAGCAUAAGGAACCGUGAGAUGCAUGAGGCCAUGAAGAGGUUACUGAGGGUUUGGUUUCAGAGGAGGAGAAAACCCUCGGGCCAGUAA